GUUACCCUAUGUACCACCAGUAGUUUGAGAUACUUGAUGAGGCAGAAGUCACAUGGAACCCGUGGACUCAGGACCAGCUAAAAAUGGUCUUUGAUGCUCGACACUUCACACCAGGCAUGUUGACCGAUAGUGCAUUCUGGCUGACUCGCUGCAACUUAUUGUUCCUGUGGUGUGUUGAACCUUACAACCCAGAGCGUGUAAUGAGACAGUUCGGUCUCUAUCAAGAAAUUCCACCACCUUUUCCCAGACGUAUCGACGAGGAAACACAUAAGCUAACAAAUAUGGGCAGGGGUUGGAGUUUAUACGAUUGGAGGGAAGAGAACAGUGAAUGGGUACACAAGUGGGAAAAUGAAGCGCUAGCAGAUAUAGUGCGUCAACUUAGACCGUACGAUGGAAGUACAGAUCAAGCGUACAAGCAGUGGUACUGCAUGAACACACGUGCUAGCCUGGCCAGUCAGCCAGCUACUAUACCAACACAUCUCACACAAGAGGAGCAGGCGCGGAGACAUGUUGAGCUGCAUGCAGCUUACUAUCGUGACCACCUGCUUGAAAAUGUCAACGAAGUAGGGCAGAUGGCUACGGAUAGCAUGCCGGCCCAGGGCCCAUAUCGCAAGACAUUCCAGAAACUUUUGCAACAAUUCGUGGCAAAGAAGUUCAGAUGCGGUAGAGGCGACGACGUUGCCACUGGAGCAUACAUGCCGGUAGCGAGGUCAGCCAGACCGAGUGCGGCACCGUCGUCCAGACCGAGCGAGGCGCGUACGAGCCAUGAGCAAUGGGGGGAGGGUCCGAGUACUAGAACGACAUUGCCACGACAUGACUCAUCUCUGCCGCUGCAUCGCUCUUCUUCGAUGCAGCUUCGUCAGGGGCAGACAUCUCAGGACCAUGGCACGGGCUUGGAUUCGAUGCCCGAGCAGUUUCUUUCCCCUAACCCAUAUGCGUACACAGGAUAUGAUGCAUACACCCAAGGUGAGGGAUCUCAGCCGUAUCUCUCCACGCGAGGGAUCCCCAUGCCCGAGGAGACUCGUGUACCAGAUUUAAACCAGCACCACGUACAAUGGCCAGACAGUAUAGGAGAGGGAUAUGCUCAGGACACACCUGAUGUUAAUUGGGGCGAUGAGAACACCCAACGCGGCGUCAACACAGGCCUCCGGGGAGCAUCACAUGAUCAUGGCGUCAACACAGGCCUCCGGGGAGCAUCACAUGAUCUUGGCGACACGGUUACAUCAUUAGUUACAGAGUUCUUCGGAGGGGACGUUAUUGGCCCAUCUUUUAUCCCCCCGGAGUCACAACCAUACGCCUACAAUUACGCUUCAGGUUCGCAACAAGGAUUCGCGACUCCACCACCUACGCAGGACUCACAGACACAUGAAGCCGAAUUGGAGUACGGCCACGGUCUUCGUGUGCCCCGGCCACCUAAUCGCUUGUCGCCUUCCGGUCGUAAGGAAAGGCCAGGUGGUCGUCGUAAAGUAGGGUGAUUCAUCUAUGCACGUGCGCGACCCAUUGUAUCUACAUAUGUGUGUAUCAGACUUUUCAAUUUGAACAUCUAUGUAUGCUGAAAUAAAAAUGCACCAGUCAGGAACAAUUUUU